GAAGUUAGCAUUAGCAUUAGCGCUUCCGCCGUCAGUACGCUGCUGCCUCCCAGCGUUCAGGGACUGACGCCGGUGCAUCUGGACGUCUUGAGACACGUUCAUCGACACUAAUACCUUUUCAGUGCCGACGUUUGUAUUCCGUCCUUGUGUUUUCGACAGGGAUCCAAAGCGAAAAGCCACGAAAGGUCCGAGCGUUCCCUGUGAGACUUUGGUCAAACCCCCCCCACUUAUCCGCCGAGGGAGUCCGUCCUAGUGUCGAGACGAAAGAUGAGCUUCCUUUUUGGUAACCGUUCCUCCAGGACGUUCAAGCCCAAGAAGAAUAUUCCGGAGGGCUCUCAUCAGUACGAGCUGUUGAAACAUGCCGAGGCCACGCUGGGAAGUGGAAACUUGCGUAUGGCUGUCAUGUUGCCUGAGGGCGAGGAUCUGAAUGAAUGGGUUGCUGUCAACACUGUGGACUUCUUCAACCAGAUCAACAUGCUGUACGGAACCAUCACCGACUUCUGCACGGAGGAUAGCUGCCCGGUCAUGUCUGCUGGACCCAAGUACGAGUACCACUGGGCUGACGGAACCAACAUCAAGAAACCCAUCAAGUGCUCCGCCCCCAAGUACAUCGAUUACCUCAUGACCUGGGUGCAGGACCAGCUUGAUGACGAGACGCUGUUCCCGUCUAAGAUUGGCGUCCCCUUCAAGAGGAACUUCAUGUCAGUGGCCAAGACCAUCCUGAAGCGCCUCUUCAGGGUCUACGCCCAUAUCUACCAUCAGCACUUUGACUCAGUGAUGCAGCUGCAGGAGGAAGCCCACCUUAACACGUCUUUCAAACACUUCAUCUUCUUUGUUCAGGAGUUCAACCUGAUCGAGAGGAAAGAGCUGGUGCCUCUGCACGAGCUGAUCGACAAGCUGACCACGAAGGACAGAUAGAUCUCAUCUCCUACUGUAACGGUCUUCUAGUUUUGCACAGAUGCCCCCGCCCCCACCCCUCCUCAGCCCCUCCCACUCCCUGGCAGUACGUAUGCAGUAUCUUCUAUAUUUCCAUUUGGGGAAAUAUUUUUUUUAACCAGGCCAGGCCAGGUCGAAGGAAGAGUCGGGAUAGUUUUUGUUGGUGUAGAUGGCUCCAGGACUAAAAUGCUUUCAGGGACGUCAGAUUGCUCGGCGGCUCACAUCCAGACGCAAAUCAUAAAACUCUCUCAGUGCGCUUGCAGGGAAGAAUGAUGCGUAGACUAAAAGAUGCUGUGAGCGGGGGAGGCUCAGGAGCAGAGAAGGCAGGUCUGCUCUUCAAUACACAAAGAAGCCAAAGUGCCUGGUGUGGCGCGUAUUCGCCCGAAAACCACAGUGACGACUGUAAAACUAAAGGCCAUAUACAUUUAAACGCAUAUGUUACUGACAUAUCCACAGCUUCUGUUUGUUUCAACGAGCUCUCCUCCUCCUCCUAUGAAGAUGAUGAUGAUGAUGAUGAUGAUGAUGAUGAUGAUGAUGAUGAUGAUAGUGGUCUGUCGUGCUGGAUAGAUGAAUGAAUGUACUGAAGAAAGUGAGACAAGAUUCAAUCAAUGGAACUUCCUGUAUUUAAAUAGACAUCUUUGCUAACCAACCUUAAAUUGUACAUAAAAACAACAGUGUUCUCCGUCUACCAAUUACAAAAAAAAACAAGCAUUUUUUUUAACAAUUCUAUUUGUCCUCUCGCUCGAGGUGAAAGCACUUUGAACUGUUCUCCCGACCUCCUUUUUGCAUGAAUGUGCAUCUGCCUUGAUCACAUGAUCGGACGUCUGCGCCCCGCCCAUCCCUGCUUGUCUCCGAAAUGAAUGUUGCUUUUGCUCAACCCUCCUGAGAUCUACGGCCGUGCGUCGGGACCAUAAAUAAGGGAACAAAUGUGUUUGAAAUUUAAGUGUUGUAGUAGCUGACAUUUUAACAAACAGGAAAGCAGGGAUGUUUGAGAAUCAACUCGAUGAUGACGAUGAAAUGAUCCUGUUGAUGACGUAAUUGUGUUAUUGAAAAAUGAAGUCUUUGGUGCAAAAUAAUUCAACUAGAUAAAACAAUAUUUGGAUCAGUGUCUUAAUAGUUAAUAGUAAAUUUUAACACUUUGAUUUGAAAAUCUAUUUAACAAAAUAAAUGUUAAAUACAAACCAAAAAACAGCUUGGUCAGUGAAAUAUUAAGCUCCUGAAUUAUUUGUAUUUUUAUGGUCAAAUAUCAGACUUUUUGCGCAAACAUCUGCACUUCCUAAAUACUCUUACAUGUCCCACUCGUGGUCCUGGUGGUCGUAGAAAUCUGCUCCAAGGCACAAUUUAGAGUUGAACUGCAUGUUUAUUUCCUCCUCGUGCAACAUUACUAUGCAAUAAUUGACACACUAAAACAAAAAAAGUUAUAUCUUGGUUUCUUUCUGCCGUUUAAAUUUUUGAUGAAAACUGCGUUGAAAUCAGUGAAAGGGGAUGUUGAUGUUUCUACGUUUAAUUAAUUAAUUAAUUAAUGGAUGUAAAUACUUAUAUUUUGGUUGGAGUCUUUCUUUAGAGGCAGCUUCCUCCCUUGGUUCAGUAUUUUCUCGCUUUACUCUCCAAGUACUCUGAAUGUUACUGCUCACUUUAUAUUUGACAAGAAGCAUCUUGAGUUGCCUCGUGCUGUUCCUCCUCUGCUGUGACGGUUGAUGACAUGUUUGUAAAUAUUGGCUCGGUCAAUGCUACUGAAGUGACUAUGCUGUUACGAGGCAAAUAAAGGUGGUCUGGACUCUUA